AUGGCGUGGCGUAAUACGUAUUUCCUGCCGGAAGAAGUGUGGAGCCACAAGACGCAUGACGACUGUUGGCUGACAAUAUACGGGUUGGUGAAAAACGUUUCAGGACUUAUCAAGGAGUUYAGACAUGAUUCGGAUCUCGUGAACCCGAUACUCCGAGAGGCCGGAAAAGACGUAUCUUUUUGGUUCGAAAAGAAUGGACUCGGCGACAUUAUUCUGAAAACGCAUCUUCACCCCGAAACCGGCGCUCGCGUGUCUAUGCUACCAUUUASGAUACCUCACCAACCAAAAUUUGAACCGGACGUGAGCUGGGAAUCGAACACGAUCACGACACCGUGGUGGGCGGACGACAAGUACAACGUUGGCGUGGAGACGGUCAGACCCAUCAACGUCCGAGUGACUAAUCCGCUCAUUAAACGGACUGCGACAAUAAGGAUAUGUUUGGAGGACACGGUUCGCCGGAUAAUGGAACGUUAUUCGGUGUAYAAUCCAAAAAUAUGGACCUACAAAAUGAAAUAUUUAGGCAAACCRUUGAAUACAAACUUGAAUUUGUUACAAAAUGGUGUCACCCUGAAAUACGAAGACUCCGUCGAAGACUUUGUGCCAACGUUGAUGUUACACUAUCAACAGAGAUUAGCCCCGUGGAAAGACGUGACGUGA